UGUAACAGAUGUAAGCAAUGGGGAGCUUGACCCUGAAGACCUCUCUGAAGCCCAGUCCAAAGGAAAUGCCAAAAAGAACCAUGAAGCUCUUGAGGCAUCUAAAAUGUUAGAUCAAACUGUACCAAGGCACCGAUGUGUGAUAUGCAACAAGGAAUUUCUUGGUGGUCACAUUGUGAAACAUGCACAAGCUCACCAAAAAAAGGGCAGUUUUUCCUGUGUACUUUGCACCAGAAAGUUCAGGCAAAGAGGACUUAUGCUGAAGCACUUAAAGAAUCAUGUCAGGAAGAUAGAAAGACAACAUCUUGCUGCUGUUCUUGAGGCUGGUCAGCAGGCUCCUGCUCUUAAUGAAUUAUGUUCUGAUGUUUCUCCCUCUCUUGAAAAUGGGAAUUCUGAUGGUUCCAAAGAUAAUGAACCAGACACUGCAGUAGCUCCAAGUACUGAUCAAGUGGUCCAAGUGGAGGAGGAGAAUGCAGAACAAGUGUUUGAUGUGGUGGAAAGCCAUCUAAGUGACCAGGAUGACGCUACUGAAAAUAGUAGUGACAGCUGUUUUAAUAAUCUUCCUGAUGCUUUAAGUACAGAAAGUUUGCCCGAAGAUAAUGAGAGCUCCAGUAAAGAAUCGCCUGUUCUGCAUAAAGUGAAUGGAACUUUUUAUCCUCAAAAAGACAUCGAUGCUAUGGAUGAGGAAGGAAGCUUUAAGUGCCCUGCUAAUGGUUGUGCUAGAGUGUUUAAAAAGAUAAGAUUCCUCAAUAAACACGCAAGAAAAGCUCAUCCAACUGAUCUGAAGGUGCAGCAGCAUAUAAUGAAAUGGAAUAAAGGAAAAUGCCGCUUCUGCCAGAGAAAAUUUGCUGAUUCCCAACAUUUUAUAGACCACCUGAAGAGACACGUGUAUCCAAAUGUUUACUUUUGUUUACACUUUAAUUGUAAUCAGAGAUUUAAGCUGUCAACUGAGCUUGCAGAACAUACAAAAACUCAUAGUGUUUUUAAAGCUCAAUGCAAUUUUGCAGAGUGCUGUGAGCUAUUUGAGGAGCUCUCUUUGCUGUAUGAACAUGAGGCUCAGCAUUAUUUAAAUAAAACACCAGAGUGUUCAGAAGAUGCAAGUGAAAAAGAUUCUUCAGAUGAUCCUUCAGAACUUUGUAGUUACCAAGAUGAUGAUGAUGAAUCUAUUAAUGAAAAAGAAACUGUAGAUUUACCAAUUCCAACUUGGAAGUCAAGGAAGGAUUCUACAGAACCAAAGACAUAUAUACAAAGUGUUGAGAAGAAAGCAAAUAAUGUAAUUCACAAUGGAAAUGAAAGUUCAUCUGAGGGUAGUGCUACAGUUUUAAGUUUGAUAGACCAAAAAACACCUGUGAUACAGCCAAAUUCUGAAAACUGUAAUGUUGUUAGUGACCAACUAGUAAAUGGGCACAGUGACCUAGAUCAGACAUCAUCAAAGUCAUCAGAAACACCUUUGGACAGAGUGGUAGAUGAAACAAGGACAGAAAAUGGGUCAGCAUUACCAGUUUUACAGAAUUGUCAUGAUACACCACAAAAUAAUGCUGCUGCCUCGCAAUUACCUUCUAAACCAAAUCCGACAACAGAGAAUACUUCAUAUGGUGUCAUCUUAACAAAACCAUAUGUUAGACCAUUGCCUCCAAGUUAUCUUGAUGAACGAUACAUUAGCAUGCCAAAACGUAGAAAAUUUUUGACUGAUAAAGUAGAUGCUCAUUCUGAACAAGAUGAAUUUUGUAGCAAAUCAACAGAAAGAUUUAGAUGUGGCAAAUGCUUGACCAUCUACUGUAAUUCAGAAGCACUUGAGGCUCACCUUGCACAAAAGAAGUGUCAGACACUCUUUGGAUUCGAUUCAGAUGAUGAAAGUGCCUGAUUCAAUGUUGUGGGAAAUGUAUCAAGUGAGGAGUGGUGUAAGAAAACACUACAUGAAGAAGCAUCAGUUCAUUUCCCAGUUGGCCUUAAUCAUAAAGCAGUCUCAAAUUACUAAAGAAAAACAUGA